GGCUUUAGGACCCCGAUCUGCCAGGCCGCUGUGCACGUGCAGCACCUCGAUGGGGCGCGCACGUCACGACACUCAAUCUCAGUGAGAUGUAGGGGAUCAGGGCACAUCCCGAAACACUAACCACCAGGAGCAGGGUUAAGUUGACCCUGGUCAGCCGCCAGGUGCAGAGGCCUGUAACCCUGCGAGGAGGCCCACUUGGGUGGGAGGAAGCAUAAUGAGCAAGAAGAACGUGCUGCUGAAAGUGAUCCUACUGGGAGACGGUGGAGUGGGAAAGUCCUCCUUGAUGAACCGCUAUGUCGCCGACCGUUUCGACUCCCAGUCCUUUCACACAAUCGGUGUGGAGUUCCUUAACCGGGUCUUGGAGGUGGAUGAGCGCUUGGUCACCCUUCAGAUCUGGGAUACAGCAGGUCAGGAGCGCUUCAAGUCACUACGCACUCCUUUCUACCGAGGCGCCGACUGCUGCCUGCUCACGUUUGCCGUGAACGACCUGCAGAGCUUCCAGAACCUCGGCUGCUGGAAGAAGGAGUUCAUGUACUACUCUGAUGUCAAAGACCCCGAGCGGUUCCCUUUUGUGGUACUUGGCAAUAAGGUCGACAUGGAGCAGAGGGAGGUGGGGGAGGAGGAAGCCCGGGCCUGGUGUGAAGAGAACGGCUGCUGUCCCUACUUUGAGACCAGCGCGAAAGAUGACACUAAUGUCACGGCUGCGUUCGAGGCAGCUGUCAGGGAGGUUCUGGCUGCUGAGGACCAGAUCGACCAUGCGCUAUUGAGUAGUACUAUCGAUCUCCAUGGCAACCGCAAAACCUCUCGCUCGUCUUGCUGCUGAUUGCACAGGUGUCAAUCCACCUUCUCCUGAUCUCUCUGGUUGAAACCUGCCUGUGGUCAUUUUGAGAGCCAGUCAGAUGGUACGUGUACUAUAGGUACAAGGUACUGAGUACAGGAUACCCUAAAGAUAAUAUGGAUAAGAUACAGCUGCUGUGAGGAGUGUGGUGUCACUGAUUCUGAAGGUGUCUAGAUUGUUGAAUUAUUGCUCCCACUAAGGUACAGAUAUACUCUAACAGGCAGACUCAUUUCUUGUGCUUUAUCUGCUUUCAGUAAUAUUGCACAAUCUUUUUACCCAGCCUCAACUUUGUCUUUGCCUAUGCAGGAGUUACUCCAAACAGUGCAUCAAAGCAUUUAAUCAAAAUAAAUAAUCAUAAAUUAAUACAGUAAAAAUAAGAUACUACCAGUCCUUUCUUGAAGAGCACACUCUACACUCUAGGGUCUUACAAGGACUGAAAACAACUUAACAUCUUUUUUUAUUGCAGUGGUUGGAGAGAUAAUGUAUUUUUCUGACACAGACCCCGUCAAGACAAAUACUGAGCUGGCUAACUCCCAGUAUCAGUGAGAUAACGUGUUUCAAGGUACGAGGAAUUUAAAUGAUUGCUGCACUCAAAUGAAAGACGACCUUGUUUGUCUUCAAUGAGAAGGGAAUUGUGAGCUUUAAUUCUGCAGCUCUGACUGUGAGCUGUUGCGGCACUCUUAUUCAUUGAACUCUAUAUUUUUACCACUGCACAACAUUGUAGCUGGACAUGUCAGGGAAGCAGUCAUUGUUGUUGUUUUGUAAUAUAUGUACACGGGACUGUUUACUAGGCGAAGUGAGGUCAGUUUUUUUUUUUCUCAAAACCCAGAAGUAGAGUUGCUUUUGCUGCUGUUGAUGCAGUCUUUGUUUCUCUAUGAAGCACACUUCCGUCUUUAAAAUGUUCAUUUUUCCAGAUUUUCUUACAUUUUGUCUAAUAUUUGCAUCAGGCCUUAGUGUUUGAUCAGGGACAGAUUAAAGUCCUUUGUCCUGAUGAGCAGAGGAGGUUCUAAUUAUUAAUGGCAUCUCUGUAAUCCUGUGUCUGCCUUGUUGAUUGCGUAGUAGGCCUUAACAUUCCACUCUUUUAGCUUUGCCUAUUCUGAGGGUCUCCUCUGCUUUACUGAAACAUGACAUUUGCCUUGUGCUGUCAAUCCAGUUAUUAUAGGCUUCAUCUGAAUGUGAAAAAGCUGGAGCACAGCCAUUACUUCUCAUGUGUGGAUUGUGCCUCACCUCCCCUAACCAUUCAUACAGUAUUGAGUGAAACGUACGACUCAGUGUUCUGACAACUUAAUGUUUACUUUCUGUUUGUUUUCAGCUGGAUGGUACUUUACUUCUGUUUCAUAGGAACUCGUUUACUUUCCACAGGUACAUUUCACUUUUCUUCCCUUGGCUUAACUGCUGUUGACCGAAGGGCUUUGUUGUUUGUAUGAUUUAAACUAAGACUGAUGUAGUCUGAAUUUACUGUCAUCAGUAUUUUGAUUUCUGAAUAGUAUUUUGCAUUGCUCAGACAAGCAGUCCUGUUGCAUGAACGAAAUGAAAUGUUUUCUUUUUAUAAAUUCCCAAAGUCGCUAUGGUUCUCAUUAAGGCCCAAUGUUUUCAGACUUUUUCCUGUUAUGUUGGUGGUCUUGCAUUGUCUGUCAGCCUCAGAUGACGUUUGCCUUCCAUGUCGAAAAUUUAACCAUAUUUCAUGUGUGUGCAGAAUAAGAUAAACUUUGAAAGUGAACCAAAAUCCAAUCAGGUACGGUCAUAGUCCUUUGAUAAUGUAGGCUGUCAUUAUAAGGUUUGUUUGUGUGUGUUGAGAGAAGCUUCAACUGUGAACUGAGAAGGGCAUUUUAAGAAAAUUAGGCUGGUAGCCUGUAUUAAUUCAAAGCAAAAGUGAGGGCUGUUAGCUUAUUGUUUGUCAGUGUUAAAGUUUUCUUGAUGGAAUUAAAUGUUUUGCCUCCUCACAAUGCCAUUUCAGUUCUUACCCUGUUCAGAUAAUGUAGCCUGCGACAGUGUUUACCUGAAAUCCAACUACCCUGAGAAUCUGAUAUUUAUAGACUGGUAGCAUAACCCUACAGUAUGUUGCUCUCAUGAUGCUGUCUGUUAUCACUGCAACCCUGUCUGUCGUAUUUUUUGCUGUAAUAUUUAUGAAUGUAAAACUAAUUUCUGUGGGCUGUCCAUAUUAAUGGCUUAUGUAAAUUGCAAAGGGCAUUCAUUUUAUAAUAAUGUACGAAAUGACACUGAGCGUCUGUUUUACUCUCAGUGCUCAACCCAUGAGUGUGAUUAAAGCUGUGUGAAAGUUAGACUGUUCAUCUUGAUUAUGUUUUGAUCUAAUGUACAACUUCCCCUACUCCCCUUUUUGCACUAUUAUGGAUAAAACUGCAGUGAAAACUCUCCUGUGCUUGGCUACAAAUACAACAUACCAAAUGGA